AUGUUUGACAGUGGUCAGUGUGUGUCAGAGAGUGGCACACUCCACCUGCUGCUUUCUGUCUACAUCUUCACCUUCCUGAUGGGGGUCCCCGCCAACAUUCUGGCAUUCUGCACCUUCUGCCACAAGGUGCGCACCCGGGCUGCGCCCAUCGACGUCCUCCUCCUCAACCUCACCAUCUCCGACCUCAUUUUCUUGGCUUUCCUGCCCUUCAAAAUGAAGGAGGCCUCAGACAACAUGGCCUGGGUGCUGCCCUUCCCGCUGUGUCCGUUUACCGGCUUCGCCUUCUACGUCACCAUAUACAACAGCACCCUGCUGCUCACCGCCGUGGGUGUGGAGCGCUACCUGGGGGUGGCCUACCCCCUCAGGUACGCCCUGUGCCGCAGGCCUCGCUACGCCGUGGUGGCCUGCGCGCUCUUCUGGGUGGUGACCUCCUUGAACCUCAGCAUUGUCUACAUCAUGCCUUACGCCCAGUGGGGUAACGACGGAGCCAAGCCCCCGUCCACCUGCUACAUGAAUUUCACCGAAGCCGAGCUCAAAAUCCUGCUGCCGGUCCGCCUGGAGCUCUUCGUGGUCCUCUUCUGCGUCCCCUUCGUCAUCUGCUGCUUCUGCUACGUGAACUUCAUCCUCAUCCUGUCGCGCCUCCCCAACAUCAGCAGGCGGCGGAGGCUGCGGGCCAUCGGACUGGCCCUCGGCACGCUCGUGGUGUUCGCCGUCUGUUUCGGUCCUUACAACGCCUCCCACGUGGUGGGCUUUGCACGUCAGGAGAGCGAGGACUGGAGGAACGUGGCGUUGCUUUCGAGCACCCUCAACGCCUGCUUGGAUCCGUUCAUCUUCUACUUCUCGUCGGCGGCAGUUCGGAGCAUGCUAAAACACUGCUUUAAGAAUGUCGGGGCAAAGCUGCACAUCCUGAGGAUGACCUGCUCGCAUCUCAGAGGACAAUAA